GGCGCGCGUCACUUUCACGCGACCACAUCUUUGUCAGUGCACAAAAUGGCGCCUUACAGCCUGCUGGUGACCCGGCUGCAGAAGGUGCUGGGCAAUGGGGUCCGAAGGUACCAUGUGGCUUCCAUCCUAUGCCGGCCAGCCAAGGUGGCCAUGAGCCACUUUGAGCCCCAUGACUACAUCCACUAUGAGCUCCUGGAAAAGAACAUUAACAUCGUCCGGAAAAGGUUGAACCGGCCACUAACCUUGUCUGAGAAGAUUGUGUAUGGCCACCUGGAUGACCCUUUCAACCAGGAAAUCGAGCGAGGCACAACGUACCUGCGACUGCGACCAGACCGCGUGGCCAUGCAGGAUGCCACAGCACAGAUGGCCAUGCUACAGUUUAUCAGCAGCGGGCUGCCCAAAGUGGCCGUGCCAUCCACCAUCCACUGUGACCACCUGAUUGAGGCCCAGCUCGGUGGUGACAAGGAUCUCCGCCGAGCCAAGGACAUUAACCAGGAGGUCUAUAACUUCCUGGCAACAGCAGGUGCCAAGUAUGGAGUGGGCUUCUGGAAACCAGGUUCCGGAAUCAUUCACCAGAUCAUCCUUGAGAACUACUCAUACCCGGGGGUCCUGCUGAUUGGAACAGACUCCCACACCCCGAAUGGGGGCGGCCUAGGGGGCAUCUGCAUUGGUGUUGGCGGAGCUGAUGCAGUGGAUGUCAUGGCAGGCAUCCCCUGGGAGCUGAAGUGCCCCAAGGUGAUUGGUGUGAAGCUGACAGGCUCCCUGUCUGGCUGGUCCUCCCCCAAAGACGUGAUUCUGAAGGUGGCGGGCAUCCUGACCGUGAAGGGUGGCACUGGGGCCAUUGUUGAGUACCACGGGCCCGGUGUGGACUCCAUCUCCUGCACAGGCAUGGCGACUAUCUGUAAUAUGGGUGCAGAAAUCGGGGCCACCACCUCCGUGUUCCCCUACAACCACAGGAUGAAGAAAUAUCUGAGCAAGACUGGCCGGGCUGACAUUGCUCAAUUGGCCGAAGAAUUCAAGGACCACUUGGUGCCCGACCCUGGCUGCCACUAUGACCAAGUGAUUGAAAUUAACCUCAACGAGCUGAAACCUCACAUCAACGGGCCCUUCACCCCAGACCUGGCCCACCCCGUGGCUGAUAUAGGAGCUGUGGCAGAAAAGAAAGGCUGGCCCCUGGACAUCCGCGUGGGACUGAUCGGCAGCUGCACCAACUCGAGCUACGAGGACAUGGGGCGCUCGGCAGCCGUGGCCAAGCAGGCCCUCGCCCACGGCCUCAAGUGCAAGUCCCAGUUCACCAUCACCCCCGGCUCCGAGCAGAUCCGGGCCACCAUCGAGAGGGACGGCUACGCACAGAUCCUGCGUGACGUGGGAGGCGUCGUCCUGGCCAACGCCUGUGGCCCUUGCAUCGGCCAAUGGGACAGGAAGGACAUUAAGAAGGGGGAGAAGAACACUAUCGUUACCUCCUACAACCGGAACUUCACAGGCCGCAACGACGCCAACCCUGAAACCCAUGCCUUCGUCACCUCCCCAGAGAUUGUUACCGCUUUGGCCAUCGCCGGCACCCUCAAAUUCAACCCAGAGACGGACUUUCUCACGGGCAAAGACGGCAAAAAGUUCAAGCUUGAGGCCCCUGAUGCCGACGAGCUUCCGAGAGCGGAGUUUGACCCCGGGCAGGACACCUACCAGCACCCCCCAAAAGAUGGCAGCAGCCAGCGAGUGGACGUGAGCCCCACCAGCCAACGGCUGCAGCUCUUAGAGCCCUUCGACAAGUGGGACGGCAGAGACUUGGAGGACCUCCAGAUCCUCAUCAAGGUCAAGGGAAAGUGCACUACUGACCACAUCUCUGCCGCCGGCCCCUGGCUCAAGUUCCGUGGCCACCUGGACAACAUCUCCAACAACCUGCUGAUCGGCGCCAUCAACAUUGAGAAUGGCAAAGCCAACUCAGUCCGAAAUGCCGUGACCCAGGAGUUUGGGCCGGUCCCGGACACUGCUCGCUAUUACAAGAAAAACGGUAUCAAGUGGGUGGUGAUUGGAGAUGAAAACUACGGGGAGGGCUCUAGCCGGGAGCACGCGGCCCUGGAACCCCGGCACCUGGGAGGCCGAGCCAUCAUCACCAAGAGUUUUGCUCGGAUCCAUGAAACCAACUUGAAGAAGCAAGGUCUGCUGCCCCUGACAUUCGCUGACCCUGCAGACUACAACAAGAUCCACCCUGUGGACAAACUGACCAUCCAGGGCCUGAAGGAAUUCGCUCCUGGCAAGCCCCUCAAGUGCAUCAUCAAACACCCCAACGGCAACCAGGAGACCAUCCUGCUGAACCACACCUUCAACGAGACGCAGAUCGAGUGGUUCCGUGCAGGGAGCGCCCUGAACCGGAUGAAGGAGCUGCAGAAGUGAGGCCCUCCCGGCCAGCCCUCUGCGCCCCAGUCCAUCCCGGCCUUCCCCAACACUCCUGCCCCCAUGCCCGUUUUUACACAAGACUCCAUCCGAAGAUGUGCUUCCCUCCCGACUGUCUCGCCGAUGGCUUUGAGGAUUUUAAAAGAAAGCGUUUUGGUUCUUGCGACAGAAAGUAAUAAGAUUCCAGUCGGUGACUGCU